UCUUAUCUUUCCUUUCCCGGGAAAAAGAAAAUAUUUCCUUUCUGUAUUUGUAUCCCCAGUUGUUAUAUUUCCUCACAAAUAAUUCACCAAUAAAAUAGUGAUUUUCAUCUCCCCACAUAGUAGUACAAAAUUACGUACAAAUCCAGGAAGGUCACUCCUCCCUUUCUCUCUCUUCCUCUGCAGUUGCAGGCGAGGACGACCACCUCGUCUGCGGCGAAUUUAAAAGAAAAUUUUGAAACCUAACUCGGUAACUGUAACUCCUCUCAAGUGACCAAGUCCCAAUCCAACUUCACCACUUCUCUUCUCUGUUCUUUGAAUCUAAUAAAACCCCUCUCCUCGCUUCCUCCUCAUUUGUACAAAACCUAACACGGAGAACCCAAAACCGCGUUAUUUUUUUCUUCUUGUAGAGAAGAGAAGAAAGUAAGUGAUCGUGUCCAAGUUUCCAAGCUCUUUCUUUCUCUCUCUCUAUCUGUCUCUCUUUCCUCUUUUCUCCUUCACCAGUUUCUGGGGUUUUUCCAUCUCCAUAGCAAAUCCAUCUCGUUAAAUCCUUUUCCCAUCUUUUCCUAUUUUUUUCGCAAUGUUGAUUUAAUUGCAACAGAAUCUUUCUCUUGAUCUGUUCUUGCAUUCUUCCCGUUUGAACUUUGAACUAUGCCUCUUUCCCAUCCCCGAUCUUCUCUGUCUUUCUUUACGAUCCUUUCUAUUCUUUUCUUCCUCUCCACUUCUUAUGCGAUUAGGCCUCUCCCCACUGCAAAUUUAGGGGACAAGGACGACACCAAUUAUGGAAAUGUGAAGGAUGAUGAAGCCCUUCUUCUCUCUGGAGAAUUUCCCGACGGAUUGCCGACCUUCGCAGAAGCGCCUGAGUACCGAAAUGGUGCCGAAUGUCCAAUUUUGGUACCCAAUGGUUUUGUAUCGUCGCAGUGCUAUCCGGGCCAUGUUCACAUCGCCAUGACUCUCGAUACAGAAUAUCUCAGGGGUUCUAUGGCUGCGAUUCAUUCCGUUCUCAAGCACUCUUCUUGCCCAGAAGACGUUUUCUUUCACUUCAUCGCCGCCGCCAAGUCAGACGCGGCUGACCCUAUGGCCCUCUCCCGGCUCGUUCGCUCCACUUUCCCCUCCCUUAACUUCAAGGUCUAUCAAUUCAGAGUCGAUAUCGUCAAGAAUCUCAUCUCUGCUUCCAUCCGCCAAGCGCUCGAGAACCCACUCAACUACGCGAGAAACUACCUUGCCGACAUACUCGAGCCCUGUGUUCACCGUGUGAUUUAUCUCGACUCCGAUGUCAUCGUCGUCGAUGAUAUUAGGAAGCUUUGGCAUACAUCGCUUACUGGGUCUCGCGUUAUUGGAGCACCUGAAUACUGUCACGCCAAUUUCACCAAGUAUUUCUCUGAUGGGUUCUGGGCUGAUCGAGCGUUAUCGAGGGUUUUUGAUGGGAGAAAUCCCUGCUAUUUCAAUACUGGUGUGAUGGUUAUGGAUCUUGAUAGAUGGAGAGAGGGAAAUUAUGGGAAGAAGAUCGAGGGUUGGAUGCAGUUGCAGAAACAGAGGAGGAUUUACGAAUUGGGUUCGCUUCCUCCAUUCUUGCUGAUUUUUGCCGGAGAUGUGGAACCGAUUGAUCAUCGAUGGAACCAACAUGGUCUCGGCGGUGAUAAUGUGGUGGGCAGCUGCAGAACUUUACAUCCAGGCGGCGUUAGUUUGCUGCAUUGGAGUGGUAAGGGGAAACCAUGGGCGAGACUUGAUGCGAGGAAAUCAUGCCCUCUUGAUUUACUGUGGGAACCUUAUGAUCUCUACAGACCACAACAGCAACAAAGACACGUAGUAUUGGUGUCUAUACAGAUGUCCCUUCAUUCUUCAUUGUAAUCAGAUUUCUAUUCAGUUUUCUUUGAUUCUUUUUCAGUUCAGGAAGAUUCUUUCACAUAUUUGUAUAGAGAAGAGAUUAGUAACAAAGACCCUUGAAGCUAUUGAAAUGGGGAUAUUUCUUUUUGUAUCUGUAUAUUCAUUAUUUUGUGGAGGUAAAUUUGGUUUACAGUUUCCAUUUCCACUUC